UGGUCCGUCGGUCAUUUCCGUCCCCCCCGCUCUCAGGUUCGAGCAGCACAUUGGUUCCUGUUAACAUUUAGUGCCCAGGUUCUUCUUCCGGACACGUUAUUGUUGCAUCAGCAUCCAACUAUCCAGCACUGUGGCGAUGUCGACCUCAGGAGAGCCAGCCUUUGAGUUUGGCUUCUUGCUACAGAUAAAUGAGGAGGCCGCGCUGGCGGCGGCGCUGAAUGACUACCUAACCUCACGCAGCUACCUGGCUGGGUUCAGCCCCUCUCAGGCCGACCAGAAAGCCUUUAAGCUCCUCCGCAGACCCCCAGACCCACAACACGUUCACGCUCUGCGCUGGUUCAGACACAUAGCAGCCCUGCAGCAGGACGACAGCCCUGACAGCAGCAUGAAAGGGAAGCGGGUUCAGCCCGCCUGGUCUCCACCAGCAGGAACAGAAGUUCCCCAACUUCGACUCUACAACAGCCUGACGAGAUCGAAGGAGCUGUUUGUUCCUCAGAAGGGGAAUAAAGUAACGUGGUACUGCUGCGGACCAACAGUGUACGAUGCCUCACACAUGGGACACGCCAGGUCCUACAUAUCCUUUGACAUUCUGCGGAGGAUACUGAGAGACUACUUCAAGUAUGACGUCCUGUACUGCAUGAACAUCACAGACAUCGAUGACAAAAUCAUUAAGAGGGCUCGGCAGAACUUCCUUCUGGAGCAGUACAAGGAGAAGAAGCCACAGGCGGCUCAGAUCCUGCAGGAUGUGCUGAGCGCUCGGGAGCCUUUUCAGGCACAUUUGGCCUCGACGGCAGAUCCAGAUAAGAAGCAGAUGCUGGAGCGGCUGGAUGCUGCAGUGACGGCUGCUCUGCAGCCCCUGCAGGCAGCCAUGGACGGCAGAGCAGCAGCUGAGGUGGUUCAACCUCUGGCCCAGGCGCUGUUGGAGAACUCCAAGGACCUGUUGUCUGACUGGUUGGACAAACAGUUUGGAAGUGAAGUCACGGAGAAUUCAAUCUUCUCCACUCUGCCGAAAUACUGGGAGGGAGAAUAUCACAAAGACAUGGACGACCUGAACGUUCUUCCUCCAGACGUCCUCACUCGAGUCAGUGAAUACGUCCCUGAGAUUGUCGACUUUGUGAAGAAGAUUGUUGCGAACGGUUACGGGUACGAGUCAAACGGUUCUGUGUACUUCAACACCUCGAAGUUUGAUGGCAGUCCACAGCACUCGUACGCUAAACUGGUGCCAGAGGCUGUCGGGGAUCAGAAAGCUUUACAAGAGGGAGAAGGUGACCUGAGCAUCUCUGCUGACAGAUUAAGUGAGAAAAAGUCUCCCAAUGAUUUUGCGCUGUGGAAAGCCUCCAAGCCUGGAGAGCCUUCAUGGGACUCUCCCUGGGGGAAGGGACGGCCUGGCUGGCACAUUGAAUGUUCAGCCAUGGCCGGAUCUGUCCUGGGUGAGUCCAUGGACAUCCACGGUGGAGGGUUCGAUCUCCGAUUCCCCCAUCACGACAACGAGUUGGCUCAGGCUGAGGCUUUCUUUGAGAACGAUUACUGGGUCCGAUACUUCCUCCACACCGGUCACCUGACGAUCGCCGGCUGCAAGAUGUCCAAAUCUCUGAAGAACUUCAUCACAAUUAAAGACGCUUUGGCAAAGAACACAGCUCGUCAGCUCCGCCUGGCUUUCUUGAUGCAUUCCUGGAAAGACACCCUGGACUACUCCUCCAACACGAUGGAGUCAGCCGUCCAGUACGAGAGGUUCAUGAAUGAGUUCUUCCUGAAUGUGAAAGACAUCCUGCGCUCUCCCACUGACCUCACCGGUCGGUUUGAGAAGUGGGAGGUGGAGGAGAUGGAGCUCAACAGCAGUUUCUACGACAGGAAGUUUGCCAUCCACGAGGCUCUGUGUGACAACGUGGACACUCGCACCGUCAUGGAGGAGAUGAGAGUUCUGGUCGGCCAGAGCAACAGCUACAUCGCCAGCAGGAAGAACGCCAAGCUGAGACCCAACCGCCUGCUGGUGGAGAGCAUCGCUGUGUAUCUCACCAACAUGCUGAAGAUAUUUGGUGCCAUUGAAGAAUCAGCGUCCAUCGGUUUCCCAGUGGGAGGUCAAAGUCAGAACGUUGACCUGGAGAGCACGGUGAUGCCGUACCUGUCUGUGCUGUCGGAGUUCAGAGAGGGAGUCCGCAAAAUCGCCCGAGAGCAGAAGGUGAUGGAGCUGCUGCAGCUGUGUGAUGUUGUCCGUGACGAGACAUUACCAGAGCUGGGAGUCCGACUGGAAGAUCAUGAAGGUCUGCCCACUGUGGUGAAGCUGGUGGACAAGGAGACAUUACUGAAGGAGCGAGAGGAGAAGAUGAAGAUGGAAGAAGAGAAGAAAAAGAAAAAGGAAGAAGCUGCCAGGAAGAAGCAAGAACAAGAGAUGGCUAAACUAGCGAAGAUGAAGGUCCCUCCAUGUGAAAUGUUUCGCAAAGAAGCUGACAAGUACUCCCAAUUUGAUGAAACGGGUUUCCCCACUCACGAUGCUGAAGGGAAGGAGCUGAGCAAAGGUCAGGCCAAGAAGCUGCGUAAGCUGUACGAGGCCCAGGAGAAACUACACAAUGAGUAUCUUCAGAUGAACCAAAACGGCAACUGAGUGUGUGUUUGUUUUGUUUUUUUACCAAUUGUCCAAACCAUCCACCCUACAGAGUACCGCAGAAUAAAUGUUAAGGCCAGAGAAGCUGGGUCAUCGUUUGUCUCCUGAUUAUCUGUUUCGGAUCAGAAAACAACAAAAAUCAAACUUCCAAAAGAUUAAUUUUAUUCAAGGUGAAUUUCAGAAUGACUGUUAAAAUAAGAGAGUGCAGGAGACUUCCUGUUUGCUCUGUUUGGGUCUCCACAACAACACAAACAGUAACUGAGGAGGUUUCAUGAUGGGAGCUCCGGAGUCUCUGUUAGCGCUCUGCUAGCAGCGUCUCCACGGGUUUUCUACAUGAAUCAUGUUUUUGAUUGAAACUCUGUCAUAAUGCCAGUCGGUUGAAGGAUCACGUGUGAGUUUAAAAUUAAUUACAGAUUAAAGAGUCUCUGAACUCUCCUGGAGGGAUAAACACCAUCAAACAUUUCCUCACGUGUUGUUCAGAUGUUUUGACUGAACUUGAUUCACAAAUGCAUGAACACGUCUGCGUUUUGUUCUGUUUCUGAACUCAUUCUGGUUUUUCCUGUGAUCCGUCAGCUGUCUGUAACCAGAUUUAGAGAUCAGAUUGGCUGAAGGCACCGGAGGGCUGCAGCUAACGUUCAUCCCCAUCAGUUAUUCUGCAGGUCAUUUCAACGAAACAUCAAUUAGGAGGAUCUUCUGGCACAAAUAGAAGAUAAUACUCAUGAUUAACUGAGAUUAGUUGUGUUUUAGCUACUUUAGAAGGAGCUUGUUAGAUCUACAGAGAGUCGGCCAUGUUUCUACAGUAGCUCAGAACAGACGAACCGAACAGCUGUAGGGAGCAACUUUAGUGUUUUUGGUGUUUUUAGUGAGCACUGUAGGCGAGGGUGAGACGAGGGGUGUUCAGUUGGUUGCAAUCUUCAAAAUGCUGCUAGAUGCCAGUAAAUCCUACAAACUAGAGCUGUUAUAAAAUAAUGAAAAAUUCAAGUUAUAAUUUGUCACAACACAGAUGUGUUCAGGGUGCUUGUUUUAUUCGACCGACAGUCUAAAACCCCAAAAUAUUCAAUUUAAAAUCACAUUCACAUCACAUUUCAGUGAUGUUUCUUUUUUUGUUUGUUGUUUUCAGGAAUAUAUGACUUCAAGCAGCCAUUAGAUUAGCAACUGGAUAAAAGUAUCAUGAACUUUUUAUAAUAAUCACUUUCAGUUGGGUUAAACUGUUGUACUCCGAGACUUUUGCAAAACUGCAAAUCGAUUAUCAGAUUCUCUGCUUCAUUCCACUGAUGUUUACUGUAUGAAUGUUGUAUGUGUGUCUGGAACAUUUUAGGUAAUUAAGACUAUUUUCAACACAUUUUCAUCAAUUUUUAGUGUUUUUUUUUUUUAAUCACUUCUCAUUCAAGUUUUACUAGAUUUAUACAAUCGUAAAGGAUGAGGCUGGUUAUAUUCUGUAUUUUUGUGGUUUUCAUCAAAUCCUGUGAAAGACCAGAAUCAGGAUAUGUUGUCUCUGAGUCUCUCAGAGACGUUACUUUACAAAACAGCUCGCACGAUAUGAAGUUUGACCUAAAGUAAAUAAAAAGGUUCAGUAACAGUUGCUCACUGUAGUUUUUAACAGAAGUUACUCAAACAGGAGGAAAUAGUGCAUUUCUCAGGGACUAUUUUCAGAGGUGGAUUAACACACAUUUGGUGCUCUAGUUGAGUCAACACAAAUCACACAAGCAUCAUUGUUGGUUUUUGUCUUUUCAUGGGAUUUGUUGAUGAUCAUUAAAAUAUAGAAAAUGACCCGACAUCUCCUUUAAAUCUGCUCGGCUGCUUUCUCAUCACACUGGGAAAAUAAAACUGCUUAAAUCCUCUGUUGAUGUGGUGUUUCUACAGGAAGAGGAGCUUUUUAUAAUGCAACCGUCCAUUAGGAUCAUGUAUUUUUGUACAGUUGAUGUAUUUAAUGUCAUGGCUUGUUAGGACACAGCUGCCGUAAGGCUUUCAGAUCGGAAGAUACUCCAAACUGGUUUCUUUUAAAGAAAUAAAACUGGUCAUCAUUGUGAACUCCAGAUGUCGACUUUUAUCUUAAACAACCUGGUGACAAGAUAAUUUAAUUUCUGCAAUAAUAUAACAGAUAAAUAUAUGGAUGAAUGAUGAUUUCAUACUGGAAACAGUGAGCUGUGUGUUUAGUGGCCUAGUUAAUGGAAAACAUACAUACAUACAUACAUACAUACGUAUUGUAUGUAUGAUGUUUCUUAUAAUCAAUAAAGCAGCUUGUUCUGAAAGCUGGAAACUACUUCUGCAUUUUAUAGAUGAAGGCAAAAAUGUGAUAACAGAAAUAUGUCACCAGGAAACAGGUGUGAACUGAACAGGUGUUGAUGGAAAUACUGAUUAUUUUAUAUUAGAUAAAGCAACUAAGCUUUGUUGUGUGUAAUUUUGACCGGAUUUCCUCCAAAAACUUGACAAUUUUGAGCUCUUACAGAAUUUGAAAGUGGCUGAAUUUGCCAUAUUUCCAGUUUUCAAUAGAGAUACAUAGAUUCACAUGUCUGUUUCUAAUAAAAUAUGUAAUAAAGUACAUUUUGUGGUGGUUUUGGGAAGUUUUGGGAGGUAAAUGUGUGACUGCGAUUUUAAAUCCUGGAUUUAAAGAGGAAAGCAAGUGUUGAGAACUUUCAGAUUUGAAUUUCAAAACAGUUUGAUUUUAGUCUUAGACUUUUGGCUGAUUUAUUUUCUUUCUUUGCGUGUUUUUCAAUCAUAACAGACAAAACAAAUUUCAUGCAAUGGUUAUAUCAUGAGCUAUUAAAAGAAUUUACAAAGAC